UAACACUUAACACCCUUAACAUUUAACCUUCGUAUUAUUGUUAAAAACUCAUGGGACAUACUUUUAGUGAUUUUAACAGGUUUUUCACUGACAGUUUAUUUCAUCGAGAAGAUGACUGUUUGAAAUAAUCAAUUGGAUAUAUAACUUUUUUUCUAGAUGGCAACAAUAUCUGGAUAUUUGUCAGCGGAACUUGCCGCCACUUGUAACGCACUCGGUUAUUACGACGGCAAGAAGUACCAUUUGGAACCACAUUGCAGAGAGACUCUCAGGGAUCUUAUAAGAUAUCUUAAGAAGGAUGGGGAAUCGCAUGAGAUCCGACGUUACCUCGGCAAUGCCAAACUUCUUAAAACUGAUCUCUUACCGAUAGUUCAGUGUCAUUAUAAAGAGCUUGAUUUGUUUGAUGUUGCAAUAAGGCUUAUAGUAAAUCUUACAAACCCUGCCCUACUCGUAUAUAAUGAUGUAAUUCCUGCUGAUAAAUGUGAGCACAAUCAGUACCUAGAGCUUGUUUCACAUUUGCAAUUUUACAAAGAAGCUUUCAACGACUACAGGGUCUGGUCCUCUUUUACAGACAGGCUCAGCACACUUCUCAAUAAGCCGAGUGAAGAACGGGAUGACGACGACCAGAGGUCAAUUGAAAGAAUCCUUAUACUUAUUCGUAAUAUCUUGCACGUACCAGCCAACACAGUUUCCGACUGGAGACCCGAUAACGAUGCUAGUAUUCAUGAUCAGGUUUUAUGGGCUCUUCAUCAAUCUGGAAUGAUUGACAUUCUUUUAUACAUGUCCAGCUCAGACAAGGAAGUCAACUUUUACAUGCAUUUGUUAGAGAUAAUAUGCCUCAUGGUGAGAGAACAGCCGCCUGCACUUUUGGCGAAUACGACAGCUCAAAGAAGUGAAGAUGAAAAAUGCAGGGAUGAACAAGAGUUGUUACAAAUAAGACAAACGGAAAUACAAGAAAAGCUUAAAAAACAAAAAAAAUAUUUUGGCACAAGGCACUCAAACUUUGGUGGCACUUUUGUUGUCAAAAAUAUGAAAUCUACCAGUGAUAAAGAUAUGAUAUACCAUAAGCGGAUUCAAGAAGCCAAGUAUAUCACAUUUGACCAGGAAAAGCAAAAAGCAAGGAUUCCAAAAAAUAAACAACCUUUAAGGUGUAACAGUACGGAGCGCCGUUCAGCCCUGAGCGUCCGCCUCAUAUUAAAACAGUUCUGCAUAGAAAUACUGCAUGCUGCUUACAACCCCCUCAUGCAGCAUGUUAGGGAAUGUUUGGCAAGGGGAAAGACUCAAGAUAACGACGAGUCUUAUUAUCUUACAGCUUUAAAAUUUUUUAUGGAAUUCAAUAGAUUUUAUAGAUUUCAGGUCAAAUUUGUCAGUGAAACGAUGGCAGUUGAAACAUUCCACUUUGUCCAAAAAUGUUUGGAGACAUGGUACGAAAUUAUGACUACUGACAAAAAGAAGAUAAAGCUGUGGUCCUUCCGCAUGCAUCUCGCUCUAAAAGCUUAUAAGGAACUUUUACAAAAUCUUAUGUUAAUGGAUAAGAAUGAAGAUUCUGGAGUUAGAGAAUCGUCUAAAGUGAUAAAAAGCAAUAUUUUCUAUGUAGUUGAGUACCGUGAACUUCUUUUGAUCUUAGCAAACACUUAUAAAAAACAGAAUUUCUCAAAGCAAUAUUUAGUAGAUUUGAUAGAAACUAUCCACAUAUUUUUAAAACUUGUUUGUGAUUUUUGUAAAAAUAAGAAAAUAAUGGUGCAGAAGAAACAGACUAAGAGAAAAAGCAAGAAGAAUAAAAAAAAAUCUACUCCUCAAUUAACAGCGAAUUUAGAAGAAAUAUGGGAGCAAAAUAGAAGUGAAAUUUUGAAAACUCUUUCAACAGAAAUUGAUAAAGUUGUAAUUCCUUUUGAUGCAACGUUGGAAAUGGAUAUGGAACAGCAAAAGUUUGAAGCCAUAAAGCGAAUUAACUUUUUGUUGAAAUCAGGAAGUUUUGAUGAAGCUAUCGCUUUAUUUAGAGCAUCAAGGGAAGUCUGGCCUGAAAACGAAACAUUCGGCUCAGAAAAUAUAAAUCAGGAGGAAGAGCUGAUGUGCCUCAAAGAAGUCUUUCUUGCCGAUUUGGGCUCAGAUAAAACUAAUUUGGCUGAAGAGUUGGAAGAUGAAAGUGAUGAAGAGGAAAACGAGGUUUAUCCUGAGGUUGUAGAGCAAAAUUUCGAAAUUAUGGAUUUAUUAAAAAGGUUUGCCUCACCCAAGAUAAUACACAUUUGCUGUCAACUUUUAUCUGAUUUUGAAACAAACACGAAUUUCACGAAUUGGUGCAUCGUGAGAAUGCUUCACCGGAUUGCAUGGGACUGUAAAAUGCACGUUUUGCUUUUCCAGGCUUCGCUAUUCAUCAAAUUCCAGAAGAUCCUCAGGGCUAACAACCCUAAGUAUAAUGAAUUGGCAAAAUUGGCUGUUUUCAUUACAAGGAAAUUCGUUCAAGUAGCUCAGAAAAAUCAGCUAGUCUUUGCUGAAUUGUUGUUUCUGAAAACUACCAAAGAUGCUUAUGAAAUUGAGGAAGGAUAUGGAUCUUCUAAUAAAGAAAAAGCCAAACCAAAAGGAUUUUGGGAAGAACACGAAGAGGAAGAACUUCGUACUUUAUCAUUAGAAUAUGACACUAAAAAGCCUUCCGAACCGAUGGUUGAUUGGAUAAUGGACAAUAUGAUAAGAAAAGAUAGAUCGAAGAAAACAGUUAUCAAGAAACUUAAAGAAAUGUUUUUGCUUGUGGACAACAAAAAAAAGAGGAACAAUAAGUGGACAGAAGAGCUUGAACAAGAGUUGACAAAAUUGUACAAUGAAUUCAAAGACACCGAGGAUCCCUUGGUGAAUAUCUCUGAGAGAUUAAGCGAAGAGAAAUCACAUAGGGUCAUAGUAGCCACUCUAUUAAGACUCGGUUUGAUCCAGGAUAGAAAAGAAAUUGUUAAAAAACGGAAGAAGAAUAAACCCAAAUUGAUCAACGAUUCAGUGCCUGAACAGGAUCUUGAUACAGAAAUUGAAGAUUCAAGUGAUGAUGAUGAGGACGAGGAGGAGAAGGAGGAGGAAGUAAUAGAAAAUGCUCCAAAACUGGCCUCUUCUAUCAAAAAUAUUCUCCAGGCUGUUCCAGAAAAUAAAUUUUUAAUCGAAGGUUUAAAAUGGAUCAGCUCUUGCAUUGACGAAUGUUUAGAAGAUCUCGACGACAAACUUGAUACAGACGUCCCUUUGCUUCCAUUACUUCAGGAUUCAAUGCUUUCGAUAGAAAAUGUCAAUUUUCAAAAUCUACUUUGGUCAUUGAAUUUUCAAAAACCAUUUCAACAACAGGAAGUAUACUGGAGAAUACCAUCUGGUUGGAAUAUGCAAGAUUUCAAUGACCGAAAAGCAUUAAUCAAUUAUAUAGCCUAUAAUUAUGAAAGUUAUCUUCCAUCUUGUGCUGAAGAGAUCAACUCCUUAAUACUAAAAAUCACUGGCGAAGUGCAAGAUGUGCUGGUUGAUGAUGUAAAAGAUAAAGAAUUAGAUUUUGACAGUCUCAUAAGUAAACAGUGUAAAGAUACUUUGAGAAGAGAACUAAAUUUAAGUGGAUCGGAAUCGGAAAGUUCCUAUGAGAAGAAUGUUCAUAAACUGAAAUCAUCACGAUUCAGGAAAACCAGUAUUUCAAGUAAAUCAAGCGAUGAAUCUGACGAUGAAUUCUUAGAACAUGCUGAAGUGUUUUCAGUCAGAAAGCGAAUUUUAUCCGACAGCAGUGAUGACGAUUGUGAUCCAAUUUCUCUUUCAAAACCAAUAGAGAGUGAAGUAGAAAAUGUUUUUGUACAAAACUCAAAUGAUAUUGUCCAAAAUGGGGCGUGUCAAGAAGAGAAUAAUGAAAGAAUCAACGGAAGCAAGGCAUCACAAGAAAGCUGUGAAAGCCAACCAGACACAACUUCAUUUUCAGCGAGCAGGGUUCUAUCUUCGCAGUCUUCUGAUUCAAACUCACAGAUCAACCUAGGGAAAAGGGACAGGAUUGUUUCUGAUGAUGAAGCGGAUAAUGAUGUUCAAGUUAAGAGAAAGAAACGGUUUGUAAUCGAGUCAGAUGAUGAAGACUAAAUAAAAAUUGUAAACAUGUACAUUUUUAUAAAAAUAAACCUAUACA